CCCCGCCUCCUGUGCAGUGCCGGCCCAAAAGGGGCGUGGCUUGUCAGAAUACAGGUGGGAAAUAGCUUAGACAGACUCUACGCAGCUAGCUUAGUUAAAAUGGCGGAGCUCAAGGAAGAGGACGCAGUGCAGCUUCACCAGGAGGACGCCAAUAUUAAAGACGACUCUGUAAAGAUGGCGGCGGAGGAUGAGAGCAAGCAGAUGUCUGUCCAUGAUGUCACAUCCAGUGAUGCUGUGAAACCCGAGGACAGUCAAGGACAAGCCCCUGUCUCAUCAGUGUCAGAGAGACAUGUGUCCAUCCAGACUUCACUAGAAGGUCUGGAGAUGCUAGUGGACUUAAAUGGAGCUGGAAGAAAGUCUUGUCCGUUAUGCCCAGAGGAGAAGUUCAAGGCGUGUUACAGCCACAAACUGAGACGCCACCUGCAGAACCUUCACUGGAAAGUCUACGUGGAAUUUGAAGGUCAGAGGAUGUGUAUUUGUCAUCUGCCGUGCAGACAGAUGAAGUCCAGCCACGGGUUAGAUCAGAGUCAGGCCCGGCUGGUGGCACACUACCAUUGUGUCGUAUGCUCCGUCACCAUUGCCCGAAAAACAGACAUGAUCAGCCAUCUCAAACGGCACAUCAACAAAGGCGAGACCGAAGCGAGCUAUUCAGGCACUUCAGAUGCAUCGUUUGAGGAACCAGUGCCAGGUCAGGCAUAUGAGAUCAUGAAAGAGCUGGGCACCAAUGUGCAGCUCAUGCCCAACCACAGCACACCCAUGAAGACUGACACUUACUUCAACCGUAAGAUGAAGACCAACAGGCAAUUGGUGUUUUGUUCUCUUGCUGUUCUUGCUGAGGAAAGAAGUCCACUAGAAUGUCUGGAUGCAUUUGGAGCCACUGGUAUAAUGGGCUUGCAGUGGGCCAAGCACCUCCGCAGUGCCGUUAACGUGACGAUAAACGACAUCAAUGAAGCCUGUGUCAAUAUGAUUAAGGAGAACUGCCACCUCAACCACAUCCAGCUGGAGGGGGAGCACACAGAAGACAGUGACGACGCCAUCAACACUGUGGAAGUGACCCAGAUGGAUGCCAAUGUCCUCAUGCACCUCAGAGCUUUUGACUACAUACACCUGGACCCUUUCGGCACAUCCGUGAACUACCUGGAUGCUGCCUUCCGGAACGUGCGCAACUUGGGCAUCGUUUCCGUGACCUCAACCGACACCGGCUCACUCUACUCCAAAUCCCUGAACGUGACGCUCCGCCAUUACGGCUGCCAGAUCGUCAGGACAGAAUACUACAGAGAGCUGGCAGCACGCAUGGUGGUGGCCUCUAUAGCCAGGGCAGCAGCACGCUGUAAUAAAGGGAUCGAGGUUUUAUUGGCUGUGGCGUUGGAACAUUUCGUGCUGGUGGUGGUGCGGGUGCUCCGAGGCCCCACGCAGGCUGACGAGACGGCCAAGAAACUGCGGCAGCUGUUGCAUUGCCAGUGGUGUGAGGAGAGAGUGUUUCUCAAGCCAGGCAGUAUGGUGGAGGAGAAUCAGUACAGGCAGCUACCGUGUCAGUGCCAUGGCAGCAUGCCGGGGAAGACUGCAGUCGAGCUGGGACCUCUCUGGUCAGGGUCUCUGUUCAACACUGGCUUCCUGAGGCGUAUGCUGGUGGCAGCGGUGCAGCACAGCAUGGAGGACAUUCAGCCUCUGGUGAAGACUCUGAUCUGUGAGGCAGACUGCACCACGCUCAAGUCCUUCUCUGUCACAGGCCAACUGAUUCUAGCCAACCAAGUAGAGUGUGGCGUCGUCAUCAAAACGUUACAGAAGGUGGCGGAAGCAGACACUGUUGAUCAAUCAGGUAAGCGGAGGAUUGGAGAGGAGUCUGGGAAUGUGUUGAAGAAGCUGAAAUCAGACGUGUCCCUGGAGCACCCUGCAUUUUACUACAGCAUCCAUCGCCACAGCAUCCGUGGCAUGAACAUGCCCAAGCUGAAUAAGUUCCUGCAGUACCUGACUGAGGCCGGAUUCAGGGUGAGCCGCACACAUUUUGACCCGACGGGAGUUCGCACCGACGCCACACUGGAGCAGUUCAAGUCUGUGCUCACCAAGUACAGCGUGCCGACCUACAGCUCAGGACCACCAAGCAGUCUCAGCACAGAGGACGUGACGGCCAAAAAGGACUAAACGUGGCCAAACCGAACAGCAAUAUUAGGAAUAAGAAUAAUAAUGUGGUGUUGUGGUGUUGAAUAGUGUUGCUGCAGCAGUGGAAUGCCACAUAACUGCAGAGCUGUGUGUGUGUGUGUGUGUGUGUGUGUGUGUCCGUCUGCUCAUACUACUGUACUCUAUAGUACACCACCUAGAGUAUUACUGUACUAAACUGUACAGUAAAUACCACGUCAAUCUAUUACACCUCUUAGCCUGGGCUGAGCUUCCCGAAAGCAUCGCAGCACAAAGAUCAUUGUUAAAUGGUAGAGUGAGCAUCACACUGAACACUCUCUCUCCCAGUUAAGAUGAGUUUAACUGUGUGAUGCUUUUGGGAAACUCAUCCUGUUUAGUAGCAGAGUAUUAAUAGUAAUAUUUGGCUUUCAGAGGUGACCAGUUUUUGUGCUUCCUGCCGUCUAGGAGGUUCGUGCUUCAUGUUAAAAGUUUUACUCUACAUUAUAGCUUGAUGUGUGGUGUAGGUUACUAUUUAGUACAGUCGUAUGCACAGGGAUCCUAAUGCACUGAGACUUUGUGCCAUAUUUGUUUUUUUUUUUUUUCUCCCUCGUGAUGUGUAGCCUGUCAAACUGAGCCUGUAUGCUUUCAGUAUCUAAUGCCCUUAUUUAUUUUUUCCACGUUGGAAUAUGACUGUUUUAGAGCGGUUUGACCUUUUUAUUAAGCUUGAUGUGCUUUUCUGUUCCUUUUUUAUUGCAUUGCAGGGCUGCAGGUUUAUACAGCAGAUGCUGAGUUAGCCUAUACAACAUAAAUAAACUCCAUACAACAUGAAUAAA